AUGAUCUCCAGCCCUACUUCCGCUGGCUAUACCCAGGAACAAUUUCACCAGAGUCUACACAACUACUUUAUUCCCACAAAACAAAGUCCACCACCACCAUUGCCGUCUACGAGUCAUAUUACUGGAUUUUCUGGCAACAGCAACGUCGCCGCUUUUCCACCUGUGCCUGGAGAGAACGUUCAAAUCCAGAAUCAAAAUCCCAACAACCCGUUUUUCCAACGAUUCGUAGAGAGCAUACGGAGAGGAGCGGAGCCAAGGGAACGCUCGAAUUCUGAUUCAACUGUGAUCGAAGACGAACCGGAUGUUUCCCCCAACGUUCGCCAAGCUACGGUAACUCCCUUGCUCAGAGCUGCGCCAAUAGGGCCUUUCCAGACUGGCCCAACGGGACCUCUGCCACCGAUCCCUCGACGGGUGUCCCCCGCACACAAGGUCUCAGAAAACUCACCAAGUAUAAGCGUCGGAACGUCAAGCAACCAACCUCCGCCUUACUCUCCACCUAACAAGGUCACAAAGGUUCGGCGGUAUAGAGCUAUCUUUCCUUCCGAUUUGCACCCGCAGCCUCAAUCACCAGGACCUCUAUCCCCCGAAGGACAGACACAAAUGGCGUCGAGAGGUGGAAUACUCCUGUCCAGUAUGCGGCAAGCGGAGGCCCCGGAGGCCCCGCAGGCCCCGCAGGCCCCAGCAGCAACGUACCACGCCAGGAAUGAUCCUCUACCGCGAGGUGUUUUACCGCCCCGUCUGCCAAACAACCCUGUGCACCUCUCGGACAUCGAGAGACCCGGGGAUGUACGAGUACAGAACGAAUCUAGGCGCCAGAGGUUAGAACGCGAGGACCGAAUGGCUAGGAAGGUCGGCGGCCUGUGGCGCGGCAGGGGCUGUUUGAGUAACAGAGGCUGCUUUGGUAGAUCUGGUCGAGAAGGCAGAAAGCGACGCCGGUGGUACAUGUGCAUUGCAGUUGUUUUAAUCACCAUCAUUAUUGUCAGUGUUGUGCUCGCUAUCACUCUCACGAGAAAGCGUGAUGAUGCACCCGAGUCACGCUGGUUGAACCUGACGGGCUAUCCACCCAUGCCAACUGGGGUUUCAACCAUUGCGGGCCCGAAUGCAGCCGUCGCCAACUCCGGGUGCAUACGCCCAACAUCGAUGUGGAGCUGUGCGUUGCCAAAGGAAAACCAGGAUGCAAACAAGCCCUUUGACCCGGACCAACCGAACUUCAGGAUCCAGAUCAAUUUCCAGAACGGCACCUUUUCUCAUAGCACAGUCCCUUUAAAUAGGAAACGAUCGACCUCCACAUUCCCGGAUAAUUUGGGCUCCAGCCGUCGUCGAUCGCUGCAGGGACGGAGCGGCGGAUUGUCUCCGAUCCCUGCCCCACCGGGACUUGAAGAACAGGCAUUCCUGGGAAACACGUCUGAUGGAGUAACUGCACCAUUUGCGGGGGAAGAUACACCGUUUUUCGCAACCUUCCUCUCUCCAGAGCCGAUAAAAAUAUCUACCCGCCAACGGCGCGCAGACACUCCUCCACCACACGGCACUGACGCUGACGCCGAUGACCUACGGGACGCCAUCCCCGACCCAGCGCACAACCCCGACGGGACUGCCGCACCCGCAAACCUCCUCCCGCUCCCUAUCGCCCAGCCGAUCCGUCUGUAUGACCGCGGUCUCCCUACCGAACACUACGGCUUCUACACCUACUUCGACCGCUCCAUCUUCCUCAAAGCCGACAGGCCUCUGACCAACGACUCCGUUCUAGCCGUAGCGCCUGACGACCAAAACGGCGGCUCAACGCGCUCCGCCGCUCGCACCCGCUGCACCUGGACGCAGACCCGGUUCCUCGUACAGAUCUGGACGCAGCCUUCGCAGAAUAGCAUGGGCCUGAUCCCGCUGCAGCCAUCGCUAACCCCGACGCCGGGCUCUUCCUCUCCUCCCGCGCCCGAGUCCUCCACGGCAGUACCCUUCCCCACCGCCGCGACAGACUUCACGCGCCCGGGCUCCUUCCCCUACCCCAUCACCAUCGUCUUGGACAGACACGGCGGCGAUCCAAAGUCCAAGAUGGUCUACUGCUACCAGCUCGAUUUGGAGCAACGUGUUCCUUAUGUAUUUAACUAUGUCAUUUCCCCAUUCGAGCGUUGA